UUCAAUGCGUUGUACACAAGGAUAUCAUUUUUUAUUCGCGAUGAAUUCCAGACCCAACUCCACGGUUUCUGAAAAUGACACAACGGGGUUUUCAGUGACCAUCAAAGACAAUGUACACAGCUCCCUUGUGAUGAUUGCCUGGUUUGUAAUAUCAUCUGCAGUCUUAACUAACCUUGUCAUAGUGGUUACCUUUUUGUGCAAAAUAAGGGCAAGGUGGCCACCCUUUACGUGGUUCGUCUUCAGCUUAUCCAUCUGUGACUUUACUGUUGGAACUGCCUGCGUACCCAUUCUCAUGGCGGAAUCGUUUGAGGUUUUCAAUGACUAUUUCACGUGCAUGCCUUUUUUCUUUGUAUUUUUUCUCGCGCAAUUAGCUUCUCUUUACCAUGUAAUGGGCAUAUGCUUUCAUCGAUCGUGGAAAAUCAAAUCUGUAUUGAUUCAGAACAGAAAUCAGAGUAAACGAUUCCCUCUGAUAUUAUCUACUGUGUCCUGGUCGCUCAGUUGUGUGAUUUGUUUUAUUCCAUUUUACGUAUGGAGAAACGAGAACAAGCCUUUGAAGGCAUGUGUGGUCGAUGAACUGUUUACAAAAGAACAACGAGCAUUAGGAUUUCUUGCUAUAUUUUAUGUGAUACCACAACUAUUAACAGACAUGUUUUACACGGUGGCUGUUGUCCGAUUUCGAUCGGAGUUGCGCCGUGUGUUACCUUUAGGACCUGAAACAAACACUGUAUCUGUCGUUGAUCCGGAGUCGACCACUGCGCCAUCCUCUAGCGUUAAUCGCCAAGCUAGGACACAGCGGCAUGUUCAGGGUACUAUUGGACUCACCAUGCUGCUUUUUAACAUGUUCACUUUACCCAUAGCGGUUGUCAUGGUUGUGGAGCACUCAACAGGGAAUCGGGAACGGAACCUUAGGUAUAUCGUGAGCGGAAUGUUUGUUCUUAAUUCUGCUGUCAACCCUUUCGUAUACGCCUUCAAGAUUAGGUGGCUUAGAAAAUCUGUGCGUGAGGUGCUUGUUGAAUGUAUAGACGUUUGCCGCCUUUGCUUCACCCAAUCAAGUGACAGUGGGAAUAACAGCAACAACGGGAACUGAGCUUAAAGAUUGGGUGGCUGCUGCAAUUCAUUCGAGAUGUUUCUGUUGAAUGUAUAGACGUUUGCCGCCUUGUAUUACCCAAUCAAGUGACAGUGGGAAUAACAGCAACAACGGGAACUGAGCUUAAAGAUUGGGUGGCUGCUGCAAUUCAUUCGAGAUGUUUCUGUUGAAUGUAUAGACGUUUGCCGCCUUUGCUUCACCCAAUCAAGUGACAGUGGGAAUAACAGCAACAACGGGAACUGAGCUUAAAGAUUGGGUGGCUGCUGCAAUUCAUUCGAGAUGUUUUUGUUGAAUGUAUAGACGUUUGCCGCCUUGUAUUACCCAAUCAAGUGACAGUGGGAAUAACAGCAACAGCGGGAACUGAUCUUUAAUAUUGGGUGGCUGCUGCAAUUCAUUCGAGAUGUUUUUGUUGAAUGUAUAGACGUUUGCCGCCUUGUAUUACCCAAUCAAGUGACAGUGGGAAUAACAGCAACAGUGGGAACUGAGCUUAAAGAUUGGGUGGCUGUACAACUCAUUUGAGAUGUGUUCGUUGAAUGUAUGACAGUAUGAUGCAUUUUCUUCACUCAAUCAAGUGACAAUGGGACAGCAACAACAAGGAGAGCCGAAAUAUCGGACAAAUCAGAAAGGAUUCUGACUGUCUGUAUAUUUGGGUUCAAAUAACAGUUGAAAGCGGUAGCUUAUCGCUAGAAUCGAUUUAAUCAUUAGCGUGAUUAUUAACCAAGGGCAAGCCCCAAUAUCACAAAAAUACUCAAUGUCAACUCAUUUUUUGGCCGUAGAAUGUUUUACCCUUGGAAGUUAGACUAAAGGCAUUAUUAAUCAUAGUAAAUAUAUUCUAUGGUAGGAUGCGCUUUUAAAAGGAGUGAAAAUAUAGGUCAUAUUUAAUAACUCUUGAUGGUAUGUGCUAAAAUGAGUUAAAAUUGAGAUUGAUAUUUGACUUAGGUAUUUUCCUGAUAAACGGGCCACGUGUUUGCUUACUAUAUUUGGUGUCGAAAGGGCGAUUUAUUGUAAUUCUGAACAACAGCUUGUACAAUUAUGUAAAAAUACCUUUAAUUGGUACGGGUGGAAACUGCCAAAACUGUGUCAGUAUAUAAAAUAUAAUGAGCCAUGUGAUUCAGCCUCGAUGAAUAAACGUGGUAUAGUUCUAUUUGAAAAAGGUGAGGGACAAGAUGGCGUUGCAACCCGAUAAAAACUGUUUUAAAUUGUGCAAGUACUAUCAUUCCGAUUUGAUAUUAAUAUGUGUUUUAUUUCUUCAUUUUCAUUAUAAGAUUUUGACUGCAUUGAAACAAAUAAGUAAACACUAUAAUUGCUAAGUUACAUUUCUCAUGCAGGUCCUAUUUGUAAACAAGUCGUUACUUGACAUAUAAAGCAUUUAUUUGUACUUCAGUAUUAUACGCAUAUAUACAUAUAUGUUUCAUCACUUAACAUUUGUGUACACCCACAUUUUAAACCAUGUACUCCGUGUUUGCUUUUUAUUGUGAAAACAAUCAUCAAAAUACCAUACAGUCAACACGUUUAGUAUUUUUCCCUGUAUAUUUUCAUAAAUACUUGUUAUUGUAAAACAUGUAUAUAUAACAAAGACUGUUUUGCUGCUUUCAAAUAUAAAACUCUUCUUGAAAGCUGGUAAGUUUGAAUAAUAUGAAUAUAUCUUAUUUAAACUUCCGAGCUUUCCAAGAGAGUCUGAUAUUUGAAGACAGGAAAACACUGUUUUAUUGGCUGUAAAAACUCAUAUUUCCGUAUUUAAACAAUCAAAGCUAAAGGCUUUUGUGAAAAAGGAGUUCAGAAGAGAAACUAGCAAUUACCAUUUUGUUUAAUUCUGUAAUUGAAUUGCAUGUGCAAGUAUUUACCAUUGUCUAUGAUUAUUUUUCUUCAUAUAUAUAACCAUUUUGUAUUGAUUAGCAUGAAGCUUUUAAAAUAUGGUUAUGAUUUUGUCUACAUUACCAUAUGUAUUAUUUUCAUUGGUUCAUACAUAUUCUGAAAGAGAACAUUAAACAGCUUUGCUCUUUCAUGGAAUUUGCAGUUAAAAUAUAAAUUUCCGUAAAGUAAUAUAAACUUUAAAGUGACACUUUCAUUCAA